GACAGUACAGACAGGCUUGACGAUGUCACCAACUUCCAAGGAUACCCACGAUGCCCUCGCCCAAGCAUCUCCACUCCGGCCGCCUUCUUUUUGUCGCCGGAUCCAGACCGCCCUCGAUACGCACGGCAUCGCUCGCCGCCGGCGUAUCGCACCAACAGCCGUGCGCAUCGUGCAGCGCGCGCCCUGCAAGGUACGCUGCAUGCCUUCCUGUCGCCGCCUCGCCGCUGCAGACGGAUGGACGAGGGGACGGCUGAUGGCAUCACACUCGGAGCACCCGCGCACGCACGCUUCCCCGCCAUCGGCAUGUUGCUUGCACUCGCGGCGCCUUCGGCACCUGCGCGGCGAUCAGCACGCGUGUGCUCAACGAGGCUCAUCCAAGGCAGGGCCAGCCACACUACCCACACGGCACACGGGAGGGGGAGGCCAUCACAAGUCAGA